CAAUCAAAAUCAAAAUCAAAAUCAAAAUCAGUCUCCCAUCUACAACUCAAACCCACUCUCUCUCUCUCUCGAUCCAGUGGUUUUUCUAGGGUUUAAGCCCCCCAACCACCCAAGCUCAAAUCUUUCCCCCUUUUCACUUUCCUUUCUGCUUCCCUCAUUCUCAAUUCGGAACCGAUUCGGUGUUUUGCGGACUCUCCGAGCUCAACUUUCUACUCUCCAAUUGCUUCUGCUUAGAUCCCAAACCCCAGACUCUCCGGUUAGAAGCAGAGGGAUAAGAGAUAUAGUGAUGGCGUGUUGUGGGUAAAUGGUGUGGUUGUUUGAUAGUUUUCGCAAGCAAUGUUGUAUUGAAGGUACCGCUUUCGUGAUAUGAGGGGUUGAAUAUGAGCGAUGGGGGUGGGGAGAGUGGAAGAGAGCAUGAGCAAUCCAAUAGAGCACUAAGAAAAUCAAGCGGUGGUGGUGAUGAAUUUGCACGAGCUAUUUCAAAGAUUGCAGUAGCGCAAGUAUGUGAGAUAGUGGGGUUUCAGACUUUCCAGUUGUCUGCUCUUGAAACACUUUCGGAUGUUGCGGUUCAGUACAUUCGUAACGUUGGAAAGACGGCACAUUUAUAUGCAAAUUUAUCUGGCAGAACGGAUUGUAAUGUUUUUGAUAUCAUUCAAGGGUUGGAAGAUCUGAGCAUGGCUCAGGGGUUUGCAGGCGCUUCAGAUAUUAAUCAUUGUCUCGCAAGUUCAGGGACGGUUAAGGAAAUUUCUCAGUAUGUUACUGAAACUGAGCAUGUUCCAUUUGCCUACUCUACUCCGCAAUUCCCAGUUAUUAAGGACCGGAAGCUGACUCUGAGUUUUUGGCAAAGCGGGGAAGAGACUCCUGGAGAGCAUAUACCUACUUGGUUGCCUGCAUUUCCUGAACCACAUACGUAUUCCCAAUCAACUACAUGCAAUGAGAGAGCCACAGAACCUGACAGUGCUAUAGUUGAGCAGGAAAAACAACAGAGAAAUGUGGAGCGGGCCACGUUGAAUUUUCAGCGUAGGCUAGUCUGUAAUGGGAUGGAAGGACCCUCUGUUGACCCUGGGGAUGUUGAAAAGGCGAAACAAGCAAGAGAGAAUAACCCUUUUCUUGCUACACCUCUGCAAUUUGGGGAGACAGAAGUAUCUCAGGUUACUCUUCCAGCUAAACUGUCAAUCGAAGCAACAGAGGAAAUUCUUGUGGCUGAGAACCAUGCCAAGGAUAAAUGUUCUUCAGUGCUGGAGACCUUUGCCCCAGCCAUUGAAGCAAUCAAGAACAAAUCAUUUGAAUUGGAGGAAGAUCAAAAGAUUCUUUCGAGCAGGAAACCUACUGUGCAAUUUAAGAUUGGGAUGUCAAAGAAGUCCUUAGGUACCAUGUUACAUUCAGGGCCGCAUAAGAAGGGUUUUGAGGAAGUGUAUCCCUGGUUCGGGAGAGAAAAUGGAAAGGAUGAAAAGAAAAGGAGGGCCGAAAAAAUUCUGAAGAACUCCAUGGAAAACUCACAGGAGCUUGCUCAGUUGUAAACUAGGUUGUUCGUUACUAAAAUUUGUACACUUGUUUAGGAGACUGGUAGUGGAAGCUGGCUCACAUAUUGUUGUCUGCAUACUAGACACUAUAGAAUGGAUAUUACAAAGUUCUGGAGGGAAAUUUCCCACUUUAACAAGUUUUUGAGGUAUGUCAAUGUCAGUUUCUGUGAUCAACCCAAUUAAUGAUUCUUUCUAAUUGAAAUUCUAUUCUUUCCUUGAUAUUUCUCCCAAUGAGUGCACAAGUAUUGUAGCUAUCCUGCUUGUUGCUUUGUUGCUUUAUAUACAUAUAUUUGUUUACUAAACAAAAUCAAAUGUGUACAGUGUGCUAACUCUCUCAUUGAACAGUAGUGUAACUCAAGAUCCUGUUGUUCUAAAAUGAUAUUAAAGGUUACGGAUGAAUCUUACAUCCAACUUGCAUUGAAUUGCUUUGUUAGUUUGAUGUAGUAUUUACUGAAAGAGACUAUAUUGAUGAACCUCAUGGCUUCAACGGUUGACAUAAUUGUGUGCAUAACAUGAGAUUCAUAGUUAAAAAAAAAGAAAAAAAAAGAAGAUAUUUCUGCAGGAAAUAAGAAAAAAAUAGUUAGAAUUUCUCUUUAGCAAAAACUAUGCAAGCGAACCUUUGCUUCAUCUUCUUCAUGGUAGAUUAUGUUUAUAUUAUUGUAGAGAUCACUUGAAAUAGAAAGUUUGUUAUCUGAUUUUUUUUUUUUUUCUAUUUCGGCAUCGACCUCAAUUUUGGUGAGUUUUCCAUGGAGGGCUGAAAUAUUUUUGUAGUAUUUGGUUUUUGCUUCCUGGUUGAUUAUAAUCCCUCAAUGAUGGUAUUACUACAUAAGAUUUUAAGAACUUUGUUAAGUGGUUGAUAAGUAUAUGCUUAGAGGAAGAGUGAGUGGGAGUGUCUAUUUCCAUGAGGAUCUUGUAAUGUUGGUCUGGUCCCAGAAACUUGGUACUUUUGCCCACUGUGUACCUCUCUAUUGCAGCUGAGCAUUAUUCUAUUAAACCAUUUAUAUGCAAAUUUCAUCUUCGAACAAGUGAGGUUUGAUAUAUGUGCCAUCUAUGUAUUCUGAUCUUAGCAGAUGAUAUGACUUUGUGUACUAUUACCAUAAUACCCUGUUUAUUGUUUAACUUAUAUGUGUGUCAACUUUACUAAACUUUAACCCAAUAGUUGUGAUAUUAGAGACAAUAGAACCAAAAAACAGGAAUGAAUGUAAAACAAAAUGCCCUUUCCUGUGAAAAUGCCCCAUAAACCUUUUAACAUAAUAUCAAAUGUAGUUCAAGUUACAGAUGUAUCAUUAGCCUCUAUCAAAGAUUUACAUGUUAGAGAGGAGCUAAACGGUAACCCAGUAAUUGUGAUUAGAGAAGAUAAACCAAAAGAUAGUAAUGGAAGUCAAAUUAAAAUGG